GAAAAUAUACGAUCAACGAAAACACUCAACCAUUCGAAGACCAAAGUUCAAAAUAGAUAUUGCUACUGUAUGAUACGUAUCGGCAUACAUGGCAACCUAUCGCGUCUGAUUGGCUAAUCUACUAGAGUUGGAUCAAAAGAUACACGAUCGAAAAGUGUGUAAGACUAUAGAGACCGCGUUUGGAUUCUGUGGUGGGUGGAUGUUAUAAACCAUGAAUCUCAUGGGAUCCCCAAAGAGGGAGACAAAUGGGGUGGCCCGCUCCGACAGCAAGCUGAGCGCCAAGGCCCUGUACGAGCAGCGAAAGAAAUAUUCAAACUCCAACGUCAUCAUGCAGGAGACCUCUCAGUAUCACGUGGAGCACCUCUCCACCUUCAUGAUGGACAAAACCGAGUCGAUCGCCACCGUGGACGACGCCAUUAAGAAGCUGAUCCUUCUGGACUCCAAAGACAAGAUCUGGACCCAGGAGAUGCUGCUUCAGGUCAGCGACACGGCCAUCCGUCUACUGGACUGCGACACGCAGGAGGAGCUGGAGAACUUCCCUCUCUCCACGGUCCAUAUGAGCCAGACGGUGCUGAAUCAGACCCGCUACCCCUCCGUUCUCCUGCUGGUGUGCCAGGACCACGAGCAGCACCGGCCCGACAUCCACUUCUUCCACUGUGACGAGGUGGAGGCUGAAAUGGUCCAUGAAGACAUUGACAGUGCCCUGGGCGACAACAAACAUGGCAAGAAGAUGCGCCCCCAGACCCUAAAAGUCAACCAGGAGAAGAUGAAACACCAUCGUGAAACCAUCAUACCGCCAUCGGCGCCCAUGGGCCCCGCGCCCGGAGUGAAGGGCAGGGUGGCGGCCAUGAGCAUGCAAGAAAUGAACAGACAGGGGUCCAUGCAGCCGGACCCAGAGCCCCGUAUGGAGAAAGACGUGCAAAUCCUCAACAGCGCGCUGGACGAUAUCGAGUACUUCGUGGCGCGACUUCAGAAGGCCGCCGAAGCCUUUGCUCAGCUCAGCCAGCGCAACAAGAGCAAGAAGAACAAGAAGAAAGGCCCAGCAGAGGGCAUGCUGACCCUGCGAGCCAAGCCCCCCACCGAGGCCCAGUUUGUGGACACGCUGCAGAAGCUGAAGCUGUCCUUCAACCUUCUCGCCAGACUGAAGAAGCACAUCCAGAAACCCAGUGCCUCUGAGCUGGUCCACUUCCUGUUUGGUCCCCUAGAGCUGGUGCUGAAGAGCUGUGGGGGCCCUGAGCUGGCCCGCUCCGUGGUCUCUCCCCACCUGUGUCGCGACGCAGUGGAGUUCCUCAGAGGCACCUUCUCCCCCAAAGAGAUGGCCCUCUUUGAGCUCCUGGGCAACAGCUGGACCGUCCCCAGGGCUGAUUGGCCGAGGGACCAGUUGGCCCCGCCUUACUUUCCCAGGUUCCGCAAUGGUUGGGAGCCCCCUGCCGAGCUCAUCCGGUCGUUGCCGUGGGAGACAGAGGGGUCCGUCGUACCCCCCUCCCCAGAAUACAGGAAUCCGGCCAAUGAGUUUCCAUCACAGAAGCCCUAUAGCCCUUCAAACGGGACCUAUGACGUGGCGGUGCCCCCAUCACGAAAAUACGCCAAGAUCCGCUACCGUUUCGUGGCCCGCAACGCCAACGAGCUGUCGGUGCUGCAGGACGAGGUGCUGGAGGUGCUCGAGGACGACAAACAGUGGUGGAAACUGCGCAACCGCAGUGGGCAGGCGGGCUACGUGCCCUACAACAUCCUGGACGUGGUGACGCUGGAGGAGGCCCACGGCCCCCCUGAGUACGGCUACACCCAGCCCCAGCCCUACAGAACAGCCAACGCCGCCAGCCCCAUCGGGAGGGGCGACAGCUUUGAAGCGCUGAGGUCUCCCAGGGACAAAGAGUCACGGACUCCUCAGAUGGAUGAGGUUAAUGACGAGCUGCUGCAUAUGAUCACCACGAACAAAGGCCUGGCUCCCGCCAGAAACUUUCGGGUGGAGCGGCAGAGCUCCACCACCGUCCCGCUCAGCUUCGACUCCGCCCCGCAGCAGGUCUCCACGUGGCUCAACGCCAAGGGCUUCAGCAAACCUGCGGUGGACUGCCUGGGCAUCCUGACCGGGGCUCAGCUCUUCUCCCUCAACAAGGAGGAGCUGAAGGCGGUGUGUGGGGAAGAGGGCGCCCGUGUCUACAGCCAGAUCACCGUGCAGAAAGCCCAGCUUGAGAAAAGUCGUGGUGACUCAGAGCUCCAGGAGAUAAUGAAGAGACGUCAGGAAAAGGUUGAGUCCUCCUCCCACAACUGAGCGCGCUCCCUAACACUGGGCUGACAUCGCAUCACAAUGACAUCAUCAGUUCACUCUUUCAAUCCGCGGACAUCCCCCUCCACCUGAAUAUCCCUUCACUCAAUAUUCCUGUGACCCCGUUCACUGCAACCCACUGCAGGAUUCCACAAACUAUAACAAUGGAUAUAUUAUGUUUGUUAAUUGCAUAUUUAUUUUUUAAUUUUGUUUUUUUACUGAAUGUAUAUUUCUCAUUUCAGUCCAUAUUCUUUAUUUUUUGUAAUCUGUUAUUUGAAAAGAUCUUAGCGGUUAACUGUGUGGAUGGCCCAUGAAGAGAGCACGUUGUUUCUAUGCGUGUUUCUGUUUGAAUGCACCCAUGCGUUUCCAGUUUCAUCGAGCGUUUCAGUGGAAUAUCAUGAACACUAUUUGAUUUUGUCUUUUUUUGUACAAGUCUUCAAAGAUAAGCCUGUAAAUAUUGCAGAAUAUGUUUAUUAAGUGACUGACUUCACCAUAAACGUAAGAUUAUUGUUAAGUCUUAGAUGAGAAUGCUCUACUAUCAGUGUAAUCACAUUUCAAUCAUGUAUCUGCUUAUGGAAACCUGCAAUAUUUCAGUGCAGUAGACAUGUCAACAUCAAUAUCGUAAAUCAAUGCAAAUGGACAUGCGGAAAAAUAUAGAAAGAGCAAAAAGAGCAAAACAGCUGUUUUCUAAAAAAAGAAAUUCAGCUUUGGCAUUUUUACAGAAAACCUUUUUUUAAAUGUGGAAAACUAUUCAAAUUUUUUUUUUCUGUUUACUGGAAUAGAUAUGGUCUGUUCCAUUUUAUGACGUUUUGCUCAAGAAAUGCCACUUUUUACAUUUCCAUGGCUGUGCCAGGGUAUAAGAAUCUAACAUUAUACACGGUGGGUUGGUCGCAUUUGCCUUGCUUUCUGCAAGCAGAUACAAGCUCCGGUCCAUGGGAACCAUUGAUUGCAACGCCUGUCCUCUGCCUCUAUUACAAUGGAAUUGAGAAAAUAGGCUUGAGCAAAUCACACCAUUUCAUUUCACAUUUCCAGACCUUAGGAUGAUAUGGUUCUAACUGACAUUUUUGACAAAAAGGAAUUUACAAAAAAAUACUGUUUGAAAGUAUGGAGCCCCAUUCACAUUGGUAUCUUUGAAGCUCAAUAACUCAAAACCAGUCAGUACACAGAUAGAACCUUUUCAUUCCAAGGUCACGAUUUGCUGUCUGCUUCUUCUGUGUAAAAAUGAGCCGGGUGUUCAGCCAUUUCUGUGCUGUCUGCCUGAGAUCACGAAACAGACGCCAUGCCGAAACGCGGCCGGAGAAUGCGGGGGGAACGAGACGGGAGGUAAAGGGUCAUCAGGACAGGGCAGCCGACGAGAGCUCAGUGUGCCGCUGUUCUUUCUGUGAUGCCCUGCGGUCGUCUAAAACAACCAGGAGACACCGCAGCGCGUUUGUGCUACGCAACGGAAAUGAAUGUUCUAAAAGGUUUUGGUUUGUCGUAAAGGUUCUAAUUCUUGAGAUUUCGUCGCAUGUCAGGACCAAGCAUCAUUUAAAGACGCAUUGAAUCAAGUAACAUAUUUGUUUAUUUUGUUGUCAUAGAUGCAGCUAAAGAAAUCUUAAUAAAUGCAUACUGGG